AUGCGUACCUCCACCUUCGCGGCCUCUGCCCUCGGCAUGGCUACUCUUGCCGCCGCCCAAAACGGCCUGAUUUCAAAUUCAGCCUCGUCUCGAGUCACCACCCCAUCUCCCACAACAUUCGCAUCCGGCACCACCACCAUCAAAAUCUUUGAAGCCGCAGAAACCUCUGUCGACGCCGCCGGUCUCGCCGGAAGUAUCAUCAAUAUCAACGCCAUCGCCACCACAAUCCUCGUCGAAUGUAUCGACACUGACAUCUGCGACAGCCAGGCCUCCAUGACCAUGGUCGCCGGCCCUUCAACCUGGGGUUAUGCUUAUACCACUGUAGAAGAAUUAUACGGCAUCCCCGUACACAUCACUGCCCAGUUGGCUUGCAACGUCGUCUCUUCUACCCAGGCAGCUACCUGCACUGCCACCGAGAUCGUAAGCGCUUCCGCCGACGGCCAAAAAACCGAUACCACCAGCACCUCUACGACCACCUAUGCCAGCGCCCAGAUUUUCUAUGAUGAUUUGCUCAUCACCGCUGGUGUUGAGAAGUUGACCAGCCCCCAGGCUACCGAGACCCCCAAGGGUGCUGCCGCCCCGGUCCCCACGGGUAACCUUGGAUUGAGCGUUGGUGGAAUGGCUGCCGCCGCUGUUGUUGCUGCUGCUGGAUUGUUGUAA